GGUAUGUUGCUACAUACAUCACAAAUUGCUCUUAGGUUGAACUCUUACAGCUGAAACACUUAUCCCUAUGCUGAAAAUAGUAAUUGGGCUGUUCCCACUAACCAACCACGGCUCCUUCAGUCAGAGUCCGCACCAGCGUGAAUGCAAUUUCCAUGCAUUGUUUCAGUCUGGAAAUGAAAUAAUUUUCAUUAAUGGAAACCUGGUUCUCAAGCAGAACAAUUAGACCCACUUCAGGUUGAAAAAAGAUAAAAGCAUGCUAAUUUGGAUGGAGGACUCUUCUUUCAAGGCAGCCAAUUGAGUCAUCAGCCUGCCACCCACCUGACUGUCUGACAGCAGCUACCUGAAGUUUCUGGCAGUAAAGUCGUCAUGGCAGACCUGGGCUGCAAAAAACCCAGCGACUGCACCGUCUCCAGGCUGCUCAGUGUAGUGGAGAGUGAACUCCGGGCUGGGAGAGACAAAGGCGACCCCACUGAGAAACAGCUCCAGGUUGUCUUAGAGGAUGCGACGCUCUGGCAGAGAUUCAGAGAAGUCACUAAUGAGAUGAUCGUGACCAAGAACGGCAGGCGGAUGUUCCCCGUUUUGAAGAUCAGCGUGUCAGGCUUGGACCCAAAUGCCAUGUAUUCCUUCCUGCUGGACUUCGCUCCGACUGAUGGCCACCGAUGGAAGUACAUCAAUGGAGAAUGGGUGCCAGCUGGGAAACCAGAGCCACCAAACCACAGCUGCGUCUACAUCCACCCCGACUCUCCCAACUUUGGGGCCCACUGGAUGAAAGCUGCCAUUUCCUUCAGCAAAGUCAAACUUACCAACAAGCUCAAUGGGAGUGGGCAGAUAAUGUUGAACUCCCUGCAUAAAUAUGAGCCCCAGGUACACAUAGUUCGCGUGGGAGGCCCCCACCGGAUGGUGAUGAACUGCUCCUUCCCCGAGACGCAGUUCAUAGCUGUGACUGCCUAUCAAAAUGAAGAGAUAACAGCUCUCAAAAUCAAGUAUAAUCCCUUUGCCAAAGCAUUCCUGGAUGCAAAGGAAAGAAACCAUUCUAAGGAUGCUCCAGAGACAGUCUCUGAAGGUCAACAUAUGACAUAUUCUCACAUGGGUGGCUGGUUGAUUUCCAACCCAGAUGCAAUGUGUGCACCGGGAAGCUCUAAUUAUCAGUACAGUGGGCCUCUACCUCUCCCAGCUCCACACACUCCCCACAGCUGUGAGAGGUAUUCAGCACUGCGGGGCCAUCGGGGUGCUCCAUACCCACCUCCCUACAUGCAGAGAAGUCAUUCACCUACAGUUAAUUUGUUGGAGACUUCCAGCAACAAUCUUCAGGUAUUCUCAGGACAUGACAGCUGGACUUUGCCAUCCUCCCCACAUGCUAAUUUACUCUCAGUGCCACACACGAAGGGAGGUGCCAGCCCUGGACCCAGCCACUACCCCUGCCUGUGGACAGUGAGCAACAGUGCUGUAAAUGUUGCCAACCCAGGAAGCGAGGUAAACAGCAGCCCUUCAAGCAUGUUUCUAAGGGGUAAUGUCCCCUUACCAGCUUCAUCAUCAGUCCAAAUCCCUCUGCAGGGAAUGGUGUCUGGCAGCAUGGAAACACAAGGGGAAAGCAGUCUAGCCAGACUGGCCGACUCUGCGUGGACAUCCUUACACUCCUUUUAAUGGACAGGCAGGUCAGGAGGGAAGCUCAGCCAAACAAGACUGACACAAAUGGCAAACGAUCCCCUAGAAUUGCAGCACAGAGCAGAAGGUAUGCAGAAAAAUGACUUCAUCAAACAUCACUUUCCAUAAUGUAUCUCUUGUGUGCCAGUGAAGCCAAAAUGCAAAGGCAGGAAAUGUUCUGAGAACCUGCUUAUUACUGUAACCUUUAUGCAUCAUUCAGAAUGAUGUCCAGAAAGAAUCUUUUUAGUCAGUGUUGCUUCUAUACCACAUUAAAAAUGGUCAGAGACAUGGGACUGAGUGAAGCAGACAUGGCAGCUGGAUAUUUGCAUGUCAUUUUAGAAGCCUUUUCUGUAACUAAUAGUCAAGUCCAGUGGAAAUUGUGAUCAAGUUCACAACUGGUUAUUUGAGGGGACAUUGCUGCUUUAAAGGCUUUCUGAAUCUCUUAUGUGAAGGUUUUUUCACAAUACCUGAGAUUAAACCCUUCAAGGGAUGAAAUUAGUCUAAUAUCCUUGUGCCACCUGCAUACAUUGUGCUCUGUCCCCUUCCCUUCUCCAGCUCUUGUUUGCUGUUUGUGUUCCGUAGGGAUAGUGCACACACUCAAGCUGAGAAAAUGGCUGCAUUGUAGCAGCAGGGCUAAGGGCAGCUAGUUUAGCAUUUAGAAUCUGGUGUCAUAGUCUUUGAAAUGGAAAGUUCCAGUGUUUCCAAUAUGUGCUAUUUUUGAAAGGGUGGAGGGGAAAAGAAUUAUAGAAAAAAAUAUUCUGCUUGCAUUUCCACUUUGCUUCAGAUAUGGAGUACAAA